AGGUUUCUCUAUCAGAACGAGAGAAAAACAACUCUCAGAAAAGAAACAGAGGGCGAAAAUUCGAAGGGGAGAAGAGGAGAAGGCGAAGCAAAUGGCAGAGACCCCGAGCAAGAUUGAAUCCACGAGGAAGUGGGUCGUGGAGCACAAGCUCCGAGCCGUAGGUUGCCUCUGGCUCACUGCGAUCAGCAGUUCGAUCGCGUACAACUGGUCGCGGCCCAACAUGAAACCAAGCGUCAAGAUUAUCCACGCAAGGUUGCAUGCGCAGGCUCUAACCCUGGCUGCAUUGGUUGGUUCUGCAUGUGUGGAGUACUAUGACCAGAAAUAUGGUUCUUCUGGACCGAAGGUGGACAAGUACACAAGCCAAUACCUGGCACACUCGCAUAAAGAUUAAGAUGGCCAUGUUCGUUCCUGGAUGCGGGAUAAUUUUGGGUUCUGGGUGCCCAUGAGCUAUGUCCUCAUGAUGGUUAAUGUUUUGUCUCCUUAAUUGCAAAAUGAUUUUUGCUAGGGCAUUUCUGAGCAAUGACAGUGUGGGUGUAAUUCAGAUAUUAUCUUCAUAAUGUAACCCCAGAUUGCAACAUGUAAGCUCACAUUGUUGACAGUCUUAAGUAUUACUAUCUUUAUAUAUAUAUAUAUAUAUA